UAAUCUGUAAAAUUUUAACUUUCGACCUUUAAAAGCCACAUUGGAAAAUGCCUUAUGCAAAAUUUCAAUAGUCUACAAUAGUCCCACUUGGCAUGAAUCUUAAGAAAUUUCGAGUAUUAGCUAAAUUUAAACAUGCGUUUUCCAAUUCGGAAAGUUCUAUCAAAAUCCCAAACAAAUGGCUGCUGUCGCAUUUUGAAAAUGUAUGCAUAUUUCCACGACGACUAUCAAGAUAAUUAUGAUAAGAAACACUUCAAUGUCCGAAACGAAUUAGGCGGCUCCGAAUACAACGGUGCUAAGAACCAGAAGGGACUCCUCCGCAGAGCUCAAUGUAAUUUUUCACAGGAAAUGGAUGCGUUCAAGAAAUUUUUGAAUGUAGUUCAAGAUCCACUUGAUAAGUACAAAUUUUUAUUGGCACUGCAGGAUCACAACAUGCGUUUAUAUUACCGCUACCUAUGCGAACAUACUAGCGAAGUAUUGUCCAUAGUCGGUGCAGUCAAUGGUAUGUUCGACAAUAUCGACCGCCUGACUUCAAGCAAAAAUAUGCCAGGAGCCCUUUACAAUUACUAUCAGCAUGCUCAGCAGUAUGAGAGCGGGAAGCAACUAAACUUGCACGACGCAUUGAACAUUUUACGGGAGCGUGUUUAUGGCAAAAAGAAGAAUGUAGAUGAAAGGUGUGAUGUUACUCAGGAAUGCGAUAAUCGACCACUACAGGUGGGCGUAGCAGGUAAUGCUGUCCAGAAGAAGACGCAAAUGCAGUCAAACCGCCGCAUAUUUUCUGGCGUGAGACAGCUCGAACCUAUCUCCAGGGCUCGAAUUUUAAAAGAGCUGGAAAAUGAUUUUAUUAGGAAGGCUCAAGGAAGGUUUACGCAUAAAGACCAUGAUGACUGCGAAGAAAGCGAUGAUGAUGCCUAUAGAAAAUGUUGGGAGGAAAUAUGUGAGAAACGUGAUAGGGAAAUGAAAGAAUUGCAAAAGUGUAUUCAUAGUUAUCAAAACAUCAUUGACUACGUGCGUGCUCAUCGCCGGCCAUUUAGGGACAAGGGCUUGGCCGUCUUCACCAGCGGUGGCGACUCGCAGGGAAUGAACGCCGCUGUGCGUGCCUGCGUUCGUAUGGCCAUCUACUUAGGCUGCAAGGCUUACUUUAUUCGCGAAGGUUAUCAGGGCAUGGUUGAUGGAGGCGAAUAUAUACAAGAGGCCAACUGGGCAUCAGUCUCAUCUAUCAUUCACCGUGGUGGCACCAUCAUUGGAUCCGCUCGUUGCAAGGACUUCAGGGAGCGUGCAGGCCGCUUGAAGGCCGCCAAUAAUUUGAUCCAGCGUGGCAUUACCAAUCUGGUAGUAAUUGGCGGCGAUGGUUCCCUUACCGGUGCCAAUUUGUUUCGUCAGGAGUGGUCUAGCUUGCUAGAGGAGCUGCUAAAGGAUGGAACGAUUACUGAAGAGCAGCGGAAGAAGUUUGAUGUUCUGCACAUUGUUGGCUUGGUUGGCUCUAUUGACAAUGAUUUCUGCGGAACGGACAUGACCAUUGGAACGGAUUCGGCUUUGCAUCGCAUUAUUGAAGCUAUUGAUGCCAUUUCCAGCACGGCCUAUUCGCAUCAGCGCACCUUUAUUAUGGAGGUUAUGGGUCGGCAUUGCGGCUAUUUGGCCAUUUCAGCUGCCAUAGCCACUGAGGCAGAUUAUUUGUUUAUACCCGAAGAGCCCGUACCACUAAACUGGCAGGAAUUAAUAUGCCAAAAAUUAACUCAGGAGCGUUCGGCUGGCCAACGUUUGAAUAUCGUCAUUGUGGCAGAAGGCGCAAUGGAUCGCGAGGGUAAUCCCAUUACCGCAGAGCAUGUUAAGAAGGUCAUAGACGAUCGCCUCAAGCACGAUGCCCGCAUCACUGUUCUUGGCCACGUGCAGCGUGGUGGUAAUCCGAGUGCAUUCGAUCGCAUUUUGGCCUGCCGCAUGGGUGCCGAGGCCACUUUGGCCCUGAUGGAGGCCACCGAAGAAUCGGUGCCUGUGGUCAUUUCUCUAGAUGGAAACCAGGCCGUGCGUGUUCCACUUAUGGAGUGCGUAGAGCGUACUCAGGCCGUGGCCAAGGCCAUGGCGGAGCGCCGCUGGGCAGAUGCUGUGAAAUUGCGUGGUCGUUCGUUCGAGCGCAAUCUGGAGACCUACAAGAUGUUAACGCGCUUGAAGCCCCCUAAGGAGUCAUUGGGCGUCGAUGGAAAGGGCAUUGAGGGAUACAGGUUGGCUGUGAUGCAUAUUGGUGCUCCCGCUUGUGGUAUGAACGCUGCCGUACGCAGCUUUGUCCGCAAUGCGAUCUAUCGCGGCGACGUUGUUUAUGGUGUCCAUGAUGGCGUCGAGGGCCUUAUUGCAGGCAAUGUGCGCGAACUGAAUUGGUCUGACGUGUCUGGUUGGGUUGGCCAGGGUGGCGCCUAUUUAGGCACGAAGCGAACACUGCCUGAGGGCAAGUUCAAGGAGAUUGCCGCGCGUCUUAAGGAAUUCAAGAUCCAGGGUCUAUUGAUUAUUGGAGGUUUUGAGAGUUAUCAUGCCGCUGGUCAGAUCUCAGAUCAGCGCGAUAACUACCCAGAGUUCUGUAUACCAAUUGUUGUCAUUCCAUCGACCAUCUCAAACAAUGUGCCCGGCACAGAGUUCUCGCUUGGUUGUGACACAGGCUUGAAUGAAAUUACCGAGAUUUGCGAUCGCAUUCGUCAAUCAGCUCAGGGUACCAAGCGUCGAGUGUUUGUUAUUGAGACCAUGGGUGGCUAUUGUGGUUAUUUGGCUACCUUGGCCGGUCUGGCUGGUGGUGCUGAUGCUGCCUACAUUUACGAAGAGAAGUUCUCUAUCAAAGAUUUGCAGCAGGAUGUCUACCACAUGGCCUCUAAAAUGGCUGAAGGUGUCGCGCGCGGCUUGAUUCUGCGCAAUGAAAAAGCCAGCGAGAACUAUUCCACCGACUUUAUCUAUCGUCUAUACUCGGAGGAGGGCAAGGGACUUUUCACCUGCCGCAUGAACAUCCUGGGUCAUAUGCAACAGGGAGGCUCACCUACGCCCUUCGAUCGCAACAUGGGCACCAAGAUGGCGGCCAAGUGCGUCGACUGGCUGGCGACUCAGAUCAAGGGCAAUAUCGAUGGCAAUGGUGUGAUCAACUGCAAAUCGCCUGACACUGCCACAUUACUCGGUAUUGUGUCCCGUCAAUACCGGUUCACGCCUCUUGUUGAUUUGAUUGGCGAGACAAACUUCGACCAACGUAUACCCAAAAAGCAGUGGUGGUUGCGUCUGCGUCCACUGCUGAGAAUUUUGGCCAAGCACGACUCUGCCUAUGAGGAGGAGGGUAUGUACAUUACUGUCGAGGAGGAAUGCGAUACCGAUGCUGUUGCUUGAAUUGCCACCAGAAGCGUUAACCAUAUAUCAUACCCACUGUAGCUGCUCGGACGCAACUAUGCGCGGAAUUAAUCUCAAUGUUGUUUUGAGUUUCGCACUAUUAUGUUUUUAUUUUAUUUAAUUGAUGUAUUUAAUAAUUUCAUUCGCAAUCAGCUACUGCAAUAUUCGCGUCGCGACAUUUUGUACGAUAGUUGUUUUCAGCUCAGGACAAGUAAAUCACAAACCCCAUGCAGCAAUUGUAAGAUAUCAAUAAUGUUACCGGAAAACGCGUGUCUUAAAAUACAUAAGAGUUACUGAUAUCCAUGUCAAAUAGUGUAUUACUCAUCUACACAUAUAUACAUACAUAUAUUAUUUA